UUUCCGCAUCAAACUCGUCCAAACAACACUCCUACCAUGGCAACAGCGUGUUUUUGUGUCCUGUUUGUUGUCCUCUCUACGACUUUAGCGGAAGACGUUAAAUUAAAGUUCAAACCAUCCACCAAACCUGUUCGACUGUUUACUGAAGAGGAACUGAAGAGAUACGACGGCAGCCAGGAGGGACAGCCUAUUUACAUGGCAAUAAAAGGAGUGGUGUUUGAUGUCACCAAGGGAAAAGAGUUUUAUGGAAAAGAUGCACCAUAUAACGCCCUGGUUGGUAAGGACUCCACUCGGGCCGUGGCUAAGAUGUCCCUGGACCCAGCAGACCUGAUAUCAGACACUACGGGCCUCACUGAAGAGCAGCUGGACUCUCUGGACAGCGUAUUUGAAGGCACGUACAAAGCGAAGUAUCCCAUCGUGGGCUACACAGCGUCACGCAUCCUCACCGAGGAUGGAAGUCCCAACGAAGACUUCAAACCAGAGGACCAGCCCCAUUUUCAAAUCAAAGAUGAGUUUUAAUCUCAUUUGACCUUUUUGUAAAAUGUGAAGAAGUCUCGUUAUGUAGGAGUUAUUUUUGUUAGCUAGCUGUUUGAAUAUUUUCUUUUUACUUAUACAUUUACGUAUAGAAGAGUUGAACAAAAUGAUGGAGACACUUUAUAUUCAUAUUAACUUGAGCAAAAGGUUUACGUGAUCCUUUAUUGUCUGUGAGAGCUUUAAGAAACCAUUUCUGUACUCGCUGUGGUUUUUUAAAAUACAGAGUAAAAUGAUCAUCCAGACACGCUAAUGCUACACUAACUUUCAUGUCUCCUACAGUUUUACUUUGGCAAAAAGGUCCUAAAAUGACAUCUACACCUUCUCCCUCAUUGAAAAGUGAAAUAUUUUUCAUUUCAGAAGUUUAACUACUGGCCACAAAAUGUCAACUACCUCACUGAAAAGUCCAUUGUUAGCGUAUGUUUUAGUGUAUGUGUGCUGUGUGUGUUUUGAGUGUCCCCAUCACACUUGUGUAAGUUGCAUAAUGGGCCACAAUUGGCUCCAGAAUUAACGAACAUAGAGACACAUUCUUUGACUUGUUUCACAGAAAGACACAUAAAAGUCAAAUUAAACACGUCUACCAGUUCAGAAAGGGCCAGUGAGCUGACAGACAUCGACCAAACAGCAGCAUUCUCAUUACCUUGAAUUAGGAUUUAGUAGGGAUGCCACUAGCGAUAAUUAGAUAAUUGAAAGUGAUGAAUCGCUUCAUCAAUUAGUUUAUAAAAUGUCAGAAAAAAGUGAAAAAUGGCACACACAGUUUCCCUAAUGUCUUCAAAUGUCUCACUUUGUCCAAAACCCCCAAAUAUAAAGUUUAAAGUGGAGAAAUUUGAGAAGCUACAGCCGAAAUGUUUGGAUUUGUUGCUUGAUUAAUGACCUGUUGUCAUCAAAAAUUGUUCCAAAUUAACUUUCUGACUAUUCCAUUAGCUGUUUCAACUCUAGACUUUGGUAAAAAAAAAAAAAAAAAAAAAAAACGUUGCCACUAAAUGCACUGAUCACUAAAAUGUUUAUUUAAUUUAAAAAAAUGUUGAAUCUGCAGCUGUGAAUGUUUACAUGAUCAGAAUCAGUCUUUUUGUUUUCUGUUAGAUUUUGUUUUUGUACAAUUAUCAUUAAAGUCAGUAAAUAUGAAACUCGUCAGAGUGCGUUUCACUUGAUUUUUAAGAGCAAAAACACCCGUGAUGUUAUCUUAAUACAACCUCUUUAUGACAGCCUGUGACUCGCUGGUGUCGCCUUCAAAUAGGUAAUAGAAAUAGUACGUCUGGGCCUAUAUACCCUCGCAAGCUCUGAUCAAAGGUCGCAGCAGUCCGGGUGCUGAGACAGGUGACCAUCUUUGGGUGGAGUUGAUCGUCUUGUCCUGCGCGUCCCUGCCGGGUGGUCGCAGUGGAGCUGAGUCUCGCAGCCUGUGUGGCAGCAACCAAGUCGAACCUCCCACGUCACUGCGAGUGAUCUGCAGCCGAGUUCAAAGGACACAAGCCCUGCCCUUGAGUCUGCCAGCGAGAGCGGAGCUGCGUUCUUUAUCAGGUGGAGGUUCUGCUGGGAGUCGGCCACUGCAGCCUCGGUCAGCCUGGGAAACACUUUCUUCUGCUGG